UAUUCCUUGUUAUUUUGUUCCAUCUUUUUAAUGCAUAGCCAUGUCCGUGUGGGUUUGAAUCAAAGACAAAACAAUAGUUUUUGAAGAUACCCAGACCUAAGGUAUUGCUGUCUUUGUCUUUGUCUUAUCUUAUGCUUGCCUCUCUCCUUCAGGCCUCAGGUAUGUCUCUUUAGGUUAUGUCUUGCUGAUGAACCAAAACCAAGUUUUUAAUGAAAGCUUCGUUUUCAGUCUUCAACAAGCUCUUAUUCAGGAGAAAAACCCCAUUCUGGCAUAUCCCAUCUAAGAAUUCGGUAUCAGUUUCUACAUCUCUUUUAGAAUCCCAACAUUUUAUCACCCAACACUCUCAAGUGUGCGAUCCCCUGAGUAUGAUCAAAUCAAUACUCUGGAAACGCGGUUGGAAUAUAAACCCUGAGAACUUAUGCCCCAUUGAUUUCAAUGAGUCGAAUGUGAUGGGGAUUUUGACUGAUUUGUUUGAGGAAAGUUUGGAUGCUGAGCUUGCUUUGUACUUCUUCAAGUUGUCUGAACGUUGCGUUGGAUCAUUGCACUCGGUUAAGUCAGUAUGUAAAAUGAUACAUAUCUUAGUUUCCGGGAACAUGAAUCAUAGAGCAGUGGAUUUUAUUCUACGUCUUGUGAGAAUUAGCCGUAGCAAAGAUGUUUCUGAGGAUUUAUUGUUGAAACUCUUUUAUGAGACACAUAGGGAUAGAAUGGUUUUAGAAACCGUGUGUAGCAUGCUUGUUGAUUGUUAUAUUAAGGAAAACGAGGUUGGUUUGGCUUUAGAAUUAGCAUGUCAAAUGAAGAGUUUGAACAUGAUUCCGUCAAUUCGGGUUUGUAAUUCGUUACUUAAGGCGUUGUUAGAGUUAAAUGAAUUGGACUUAGCUUGGGACUUUCUGGACCAAAUGCUGAGGCAAGGGAGUGGUUUAAAUGUUGUGAUUGUUAGUUUGUUUAUUGACAAGUACUGCAGUAAAGGCCAACUUUUAAGUGCCUGGACAUUUCUGACGGAAAUGAAACACUAUGGGAUUAAACCAGAUGUUGUUGCAUAUACAAUCAUAAUUGACUCACUCUGCAAGGUGUCUUGUCUAGGAGAAGCAACUUCUUUGCUGUUCAAAAUAACUAGAUUGGGUAUCUCUCCAGAUUCAGUUUUGGUUAGUUCUGUUGUUGAGGGUUACUGUAAAGCAGGUAAACCAAAAGAAGCAAUUAAUGUUAUAAAUUUCUUUAAUCUUAAACCAAAUAUUUUUGUAUACAAUAGCUUUAUCUCAAAGUUGUGUGCAGAUGGUGACAUGGUAGAAGCUUCUCUGAUCUUUCAAGAUAUGUUUGAGUUGGGCUUGCUUCCAGAUUGCAUCAGUUAUACUACUAUAAUUGGAGGCUAUUGUAAAGAUCAGGACAUGAAUAGAGCAUUUCAAUAUUUUGGGAAAAUGCUAAAAUGUGGAAUUAAGCCAUCUGUGGCUACAUACACAGUGCUCAUUGAUGCUUGCUGCAAGUCUGAGGACUUGGAAAUGGCAGAGUGUUUGUUUCAGAAGAUGACAACGGCAGGGUUGGUACCUGAUAUUGUUACAUUCAACACUGUAAUAGAUGGCUACGGAAAGAAGGGCCACUUGCAUAAGGCCUUUAUGCUUGUAGAUAUGAUGAGAUCAGCUGGCAUCUCUCCUGAUGUUACGACCUAUAACAUUAUUAUUCACAGCCUAAUUGAAAGAGGAUUUACAAAUGAGGCAAAAGUUAUUCUGGAUGAGCUUGUACGAAGGGGUAUUUCUCCUGAUAUGGUAACAUUCACUAAUAUUAUAGAUGGGCUCUCCAAAAAAGGGGACUUUGAGGAAGCAUUUCUCAUAUGGUUUUACAUGAGUGAACGCCAUGUGAAACCUGAUGUCGUGACUUGCAGUGCUUUACUUAAUGGCUACUGCAGGGCACGCCGGAUGGAAGAAGCUAAAACUCUGUUCCUUAGGAUGCUUGAUGUUGGGUUGAAUCCAGACCUGGUAUUAUACAACACUCUCAUUCGUGGAUUUUGUAAAACUGGAAACAUGGAUGAGGCAUGCAACUUGGUGACAAUGAUGGUUAGAAAUGGCAUCCUACCAAAUAACGUUACUCAUCGAGCAUUUGUCCUUGGAUUUGAGAAAAAGUGGGUCAAUAAUCCUGAAGAAAGUGCAGCUUUGAAACUUCAACAACUUCUGCUGAGAUAGGAUAUCCAUGUUGAUGUUGAUUAGUAUACAGCUAUGCUAUAACUUUUCAUCUGAGAUGCAGCACUGUUUCUGAAGAUUCCUCCAGCACUUUGAGCUUGAUCGUUUCAGGUAGGAUUGCUGGUAUGACUUCAUCUUCCUAACAUAAACCUAGUUCUUAAGGGUGGUCUCUUUGCUAAAUGUAAAGAUCUGCCUUGGAUGAUUGGUGGUGCUUUCCUGUGGUCAUACCUUCAGAAAUCAUAUGAAAGUCUUGUGGGAUGAACCUGAUUUAUGACAGGCUAGACUUUAAGGGAACUUCAGGGUCUUCAUCCUCCAAAAUGCAGGUAUUCUUUGAAACUUGUUGCAGAUUUAUGAAAGCAAUUACCUCCAAGUGUAGAUGGUCCUGGGAAUUUCAUUUGUUUCCGGUUCAAAAUAUGUGCUCAAAACGGGGGCACCACAAAUUCAAGCUUGAAACAUGUAGCACAUGUAUACGUCAGUUAGGAUAAAAGAUAUUGCUAGGAGAUCCAACUCUAUCUUCAAUGCCAGUGGUGCUGAAUCCAUUAUAAACGGGUGGAGGCAUGAGACUUGUUUCUAACUCUACCAUGUUGUGAGACGUGGCUUAAAAUUUUUAAUUUCAUUUGUUGUAGGUGAAAGUGUUGGCCCUUUCCAUUUAAAAGUGCCAACACUUGUAAAACAAAAGCUUGGUUUCCAAGAGAUGUACUGAAGUGUUGACGCCUUCCAUUAACAGUACAAAAGUGUUGCUCUAGUGAUUAAUGUUCACUUUUAAGCUGGUUUAGACUAGAAAAAUAGAAAUAGGUCUUGUAAGGUUUGUAUGAAGUGCCUCCAUCAAAAAGUUAGGAAGCCAUAGAAAUCCUUAGCAAAUGGCUUGCAAUGGCAGAUUUAUCGUAAAUGAGGAUUUGGGGAGAACUAAAGUACUCUUUUAGAUCUUCGAUAAUGAAUUUCUUCUUUGUUGUACAUGUAAUGUACAAGGAAUAGGUUUCACAAAUCAUGCAUAUCAUUUGUAUUUUCUGUCAUAUUUUAUUCUUUUGUUGUUUCAUAUUUCUUGAUUAGUUAUUGUCUUGGUUAAUCAAUCUAAUGUCUAAGCCGGUUGUUUUGAUUGUUUCCUACUACCAUUUAGUG